UGACAAAGGUAUCUGAGGCAGUGUCGCUCCGCCCCGCGCCCAGAACGGCCGCCAUGUCGCGGUGAGGUUCGUGUUAACUCCAACUGUGACUAAUUGUGAAACAUGCUGUGCCUCAUGUGGACUUGUCUCUUCGCCGGCUUGGUGCUGGCGACAGUAACCGCUCAGAACACAGAAAGCAGUGGAGACUUUUCACCUGUGGUGACUGCAACAUGCAAAAGUGGAGUUAUGUCCAUUCGAAUCAACUUCACCCAGCCUUUCAAUGGGGUGACACACGCUCGAGAAUACAGGACUCCUCCAUGCAUGGCGAUGGGCAACGGGAGCGAAUCGCUUAGCUUCGACAUAAACCUCAACGCUGUAAAAGGUUCACCAGAUUAUUGUGGAGUGUACUGGAAUAAUCGCACCGACGAGCGCUCGCUACCUCUUGCUGUCCGAGUGCACAGAACAUUAGAGCUUGCAGAUGACAAAUUCUACGUAAUCACGUGCGGCAAGGCCGGCUUCAGAAAUGCAAGAAACGAAACGUCCCUUGUGUCGUUGCGUCUAUUGAAUUCUGAGGGACGUAAAGUUUUGAACGCAGCUUAUGGAAUGCCUUACACCCUCCGAGCUGAAAUGAGUAAACCUGACGGGACUCAUGGAAUUCGAAUGAAGAGCUGUUUUGCUUUUAAUAUGCGCAACAAUACCGUAGAUCUUCUAGACAAAAGAGGGUGUCCAGUAAAACAGCAGUCUUUAGUCACAAAAUCGGAUGCGAAUAGUGCAGAGUUAGCCAUUGCCUCUAUGUUCCGGUUUUCUGAUUCUUCACAAAUAAAUCUGCAGUGUGAUAUAGGCAUUUGUAAAGGAACAUGUGCAACGGUAGAUUGUACCACUGAGGGUGGAGCUGAACCAACAGACGAAGAAGGCACUGUCACAGCUUCGACUGGAGUUUUUGUACUUGAUCCUAACGACAGUGCAGUUGCAGCGCUCGCGUGUGUAGACAGCGCAGGAGUCCAUCCUCUCUGGCUGCUAUACUUGGCUAUCGCGCUGGGCGUCAUGUUCCUCGUGAUGCUGCUCAUUAACUGCUUUCUCUGCACCGCCAUGACGUGUUCAUGCGCUAGGACUGAUGUAAUAGAAAAGGACCCGUCAGUUGUAGAAGACUAUGACCCUUACCGCAGCUGGCAUGGAAGCCAGUAUGGCAGUCGGUAUCCCUCCUCUACUAUACAUUCUGCGAGAUCGGUAUCUGAUAACAGCGACCACUACGCGAUAGUUCAAUCGCGCCCCGGCAGUCGACACUCUGGCAUGCAUCGUAGUAGACAUUAAUAAAUCUACCCAAUAUUAAUAAAAUGAAAUUUAGGUUAUGCGAACUCAGUUCUUGUAUAUAUUCCGGGACCAACUUAUAGGUAUACUGUGAUCAAACCUUUUUAUUUAAUAUGCAAUGUUAGUUGCAUACCUUCUUGUCAUUUCAGUAAAUGUGCCAUUUUUUUGUGUUUUUUAAUCAUACACACGAAACGAAACUUUUUCCUUUAUUAAAUAUGACUUCCUUAUUCUGUAGCACAACGAACCGAAUAUUGUUAGAUAUAAGAACGAAAUAACAAACUAUGUUUAUAAAUAUUUCGACAUUCUAUCAUACCAAGUCAAUAAAAUAUAACGAUCAAAUGAAUUAAAAUUGCCUAUCAUAAUGUGAAAAGUUUUGAGUCACAGCCCACAGGCACUCAAAACUUUUCUUUUUUCUAAGAAUUAAAAUUACGAACUUGUUCUAUGAAGCACCUGUCCUAAAAUAUUUGGAAUUCAAACUGUUAAUUUAAAAGAAAUUAAGAAUAGGAUUGGGCGCAUUUAAUUUGAAAGGACGAGAUAUUAAAUUUAAUAUGUUUGUUCUCAAUUAAUGUUUUGCGAAUUGCGACUAAUUUGAAAAUUAUAAGGUGCCUUAACAUGUUCAACUUUAUACAUAGAAUUAUUUUUAAGUAUAAGAGUCAUAUAAUGAAAACGCACGAACUAAAUGUAUUGCAAUUAAUUAUAUUAUGUAUAAUAUGUGUAGUGUUAAAGUGUAAAUGGCGUCAAAAUAAAUGCGAAUUUAGUGUAAAGAAUGAUAACAGUAUUAACUGUAAAUACUUGCCUGAUGGGCUACUACAAUAUGAUAACCAUAUAGGUAAAAUAUUAUUGAAAGGGCAGAGUAAACUUGCUUUCUUUACAAAGCCAAGUUUUUAAAAUAUAUUGUUUUAUUACCGUUUUAUUGUAUGCUCAAAAGAUUCCGUCCCAUUAAUGGUGUAUUUUUGUACGAUUGUAGAUAAUAAAUUAUAGGUAUGAUAGUUAUUCAAAUGUGAUUUGGUGUAUCUUGUAAGAAAUAUAAAUUUUAACAAUUUAA